UAUAUACCGCCUACCGCGUGCAGCAAAAGAACACGUUCACUGCGAGCCUUCUACGAAGCCAACUCUCAACUGCCGCCAGAGCAGCUUUGUAUUGUUUUCGCGACUACCUAUGUGUUCUUACACAUUCGUCUAGCCGUGUCGCGCGUGGCGCAGGCAGAGUGACUAGUUCUCCUGGCUCUGAGAAUACUUCAUCUUUUACCUGCCUGCUUCACGCCCAGUGUGCAUAUGUCACCAAGCCGGUGCACAGGGCUCGAUGCGACGGGACAGAGGGAUGCAGACCAGGCUCGCGGAAACCCGGGUAGCCAGCUUGUGUCGGACGCUCCUACAGCGUCCCUCGCAUGCUAACGAUGGAGAUGGCUUGAUUGAUGGCGACAGCUGCUGGAAAGCUCGCGGUGGCGCGAAUGGCGCGGAGUUGUGAUAUGUAUCUGCCGCUGCUUCUGCUAUGUGCGUGGUGUGCAUAUGGGCACGUAACCGCGUAUCGGGAGCUGCUUGACGACAUGCUUGGAGAGGGCGUCGCCGUGGACCGCGCCUGCCUGCGGAGCUCGCUUCCCGCACUGGCCGCCAGCUGUGACGCCACCUUCAACAGCACGGACUCCUCCCGGCUGCGGGUGGUGAUGUCCUCUCUCAUCCACGCAUGCACACGAUUCGAUGACGACGGGGGCUCCGUGCGGCGGCUGCGUGUGAUUGCGGGCGUGGCGCGGCUAUACCCGGAGCUGCAACGCCUGUCCACGCAGUUUAGCGCGGCCACGGGGAUCCCAAUCUACUUCAACUUCUCAACUCGCAUCGGCAGCAGCGGUGCGCUGAUUCGCUCCGCAAUGGCCAGGCCGCCCCCUGUGGUGGAUUCUGGUGACAACACGGCUGGCGGCGCGGACGCAUUCAUCACCACCACCUCGCUCUUGCCGAACCUGGACCAGGGCGGCAAGCUGCUGGACGUGAACGGGCUGGUGGGCGACGACGGGCAGCUGCGGUGGUACGAGAUCAACAAGGCGCUGAGGGAGCAGAUGGCGGUGUACGGUAACAAGGUCGUGGGCAUCCCCGUGACCACCAGCCCCGUGUUCCUGUUCUACCACAAGCCCGUGUUCGCGCGCGACAACCUGACAGUGCCCGUCACGUGGGAGCAGGUGCUCGCGCUGGCGGAGCGGUACAACGGAACAGACCUGAACGGCAACGGCGUGCCGGGCUACGGCAUGUGUAUGACCCCGCCCGACUGCUUUGUGGACGGAACCAUUCUGCAGUGGAUCCUGGGCAGCUUCGUGCAGACCCAAGGCUACUCACAGGGGCUGAUUCUUGAUCCAGAAACCCUGGCAGACCUUGCAAACAGCAGCGCCAUGGCCGAGGCGCUGACGAUUAUGAAACGGUUGCGGCGCGUCGGGCCCCUCUCUGGCAACUGCGCCGUGUUUGAGGACGAGGCGUACCUGGAGGGCCGCUGCCUGCUGUCCAUCACCACGCCCACCACCUUCAAGGCCGCCUACUCGCCCGAGAAGCCCGCCCGCUUCGCCGCCAUGCGCGGCCGCAUGGGCAUGGCGCCCUUCCCUGGAUCCACACGCGUGCUGGACCGGGCCAGCGGCAACCUCACAGACUGCGACGCGGCGCGCUGUCGCAUGGCACGUGUCAAGGCCCGUGACGCGUCUGGCAUCAAGCGGCCAGUCAACCAGCCCACGCCCUCCUCCAGUAUUGUGGUCCUCAUCAACGCCCAGACGCCAGUCAAGUACCAGUUUUACGCCUACUCGCUCUUCAGCUACCUGCUCAGCCCCAGUGUGCUGGGCAGUGACGACGUGCUGCUGGACCCGCGCCUGGAGACGGUGCCGUUUCGUGACACGGAUCUCACGCCGGACGCUGCCGCUUCGUGGGUGGCGCGUGGCUACGACCCAAGUGACGUGGACCAGUUCCUCAGCACACUGCGGACGGCGUUGAGCAACCCCAACCAGAACUUUGAGGCAAAAUUUCCGGGGAACGUCAAUAUCUCGGCACGGUGCACCGCCGCUGCCGUCGUGUACACCAACGCCACGCCAGGCUAUGUGGCGCCGCCGCUACCCGUGGUGCUUGGCAUGAUCGGUGCUGCCGUGGACGCCGUUGUCGAGGAGCAGGGCGGCGCGGCCGUGUUUGGCCCCCUGUAUCGCAGCUUGCUGAACUGGGGCCGCUCGCAGUACAGCACGGGCGAUGGUGACGAAAGAACAGGCGAUGCUGAGGGCGGCAGCGGCGGCGCUGCGGGCGGCGGCGGCAAGGGCAGCGGCCUCAGCAGCGAGGGGCGGCUGGUGCUGGCGAUCGCGAUGCCGUGCGGCGUGGGGCUUCUCGCGGUGGCCACGGCGGCAGUCCUGUGGAGGCGCAACCGGCGUCGUGCGGCAGCGUUGAGACGGGGACGCGGCGUGGUGGUGGCGCCGCCUGGUGCGGGCCCGGCCACGUCACUUCUGGUGACAGACAUCCAGAGCAGCACGGGCCUGUGGGAGCACCUGGACGCGGGCGUGAUGGACCGGGCGCUGUCCACACACCACGCCGUCAUGCGCAAGGCCAUCGCCGACUGGUCGGGUUACGAGUCGGCGACGGAGGGCGACAGUUUCAUUGUGGCGUUCAGGAGCGCCACGGACGCGCUCAUGUGCGCGCUGGCGGCGCAACAAGCCCUGCUUGACGCGGCCUGGCCCGAGGAGCUGCUGUCGGCUGAGCCGGGCCUGGUGCCGGGGCUGGAGGCGCCAGACGUGGACCCGCUGGCGCAAGUCGGGGCGGUGCCCGUCACCGCCAGCAGCAAGCAAACUGCUCGAAGCGGCCGGCUCGGGCUCACCCAGCGUGCGCCCACUUUGGCGGGCCGCUCCCGCAACGGAUCCAACCGAUCGUGGGGCCUGUUUGGCGGUCCAGCUCAGGCGUCGUACACGCCGCCACCGACCGCAUGGCUAGCAGGUUCUGGGGGCGGGGCGCUUGGCAGUGUGGCCCUCCCGGUACUACACGUGGGCAGUGCUGAUGAGGCGGCGGCGGCCGCGGUGACCGCGGCGGCCACGGCAGCAGACACGUCGCCAUGGCGUCAUUCUACCGGGGCACAUCGCAGGGCCCAGAGUGGCAGUGGUCACGGCGCCUCGCCCAAUCUGCACGCGUCUGAAGCGGACGAGGCUCGGACGUACGAGGAGGGGGCGACGGAGGACACCGAGCCCCACGCCACAGUGCCCGCCGCUGCGAGCGAAGGCGAUGAGGAAGGCACCGACGGCGCAGGGGGGCCCAGCAGUUCAGGUUGGGUUGGCCCGGAUUCAACUGGUACCAGCUGCUUUACGCCCAUCUCGAUAUCAGCUGCGGCAACGGCUGCGGCUGCGGUGGCAGCUCCUGCAGCUGCGGCUGCUUCAACGGUUACUGCGGCAGCGCUAGGAUCCAAGGGUGGCACGUCAGGUGCACAUGGCAGCGGCACGCAGCAGCACGCAGCAGCAGCGGCAUCUGCAGGCGCAGCAGGCCCGGGGACGCGGGUCAUGGAGUCCCCAUUCGAGCCUGCUGCGGGGCUCAUGGCCUACGGCGACGGGCUGCAAUCCGGCGGCACUGUGUUUGGGCGCGUGUCUUCUCGGAACACGCUGACAGGGCCGCUAAACGCCCCCGCGGUGCCCGCCACGGCACCGCUGGGCGCGGUGGUGCACAGCACAGCGGGCGGCACGGGUGGCCUGGGGAGCGGCCUGUUGAAAGCCUUUUCAAACAUCACCGCGGCCGUCGGCGGGAACAGCAGCGGCUUGCUUUGGCGACUGGCGUCGGCUGGUCCGUCGGCACGUGUGGGACCGCCAGGGGCUGUGGGCGGCGCCCAGGGCUGGGUCCGGCAUCAGAUCCACGCCUCUUGUAGCCAGCCAGCCGCCACUGGCCGUGUCAGUUGGAGCGGGGCUCUCGCGCAGGACGCUCAGCAGCAGCAGCAGCAGCAGCAGCAGGGCGGGACGCCGACCGCGUUUCGGUCUUCUGUGAGCCUGUCCGCCAACCAGAUGCUGCAGUGGUGGGGUCACCGCCUGACCAACGAGUCGGGCGGCGGCGGUUCUGAGCAAGUGCAUGCAUAUCAGUCGCUUGCGGUGAUGCUCUCAAGGUCCGUCCGCAUCAUCACGCGCCAGUCCGUCGCGGACCCGCAAGAGGCGAGCUCGGCUGUGCAGUCGCCGGGCGCCGCGCGCCGCGCGCACACGCCCACCCCGCCGCCAGACAGAGUUCGGACGUUGACCGGGGGCGGACGCCACAGCAACGACGGCAGCACCCCGGGAACUGGCACCGCCGCAACGGCAGCCGAGGGCGCUGCACCGGCAGCGGCGGCUGUCGUGCUAUUCCGGGGCCUACGUGUGAGGAUGGGCAUCCACACAGGAGUGGCGGCUGCGGCAGAGGUGACCGUGAAUGCGAUCAGCGGCCGCACGCAAUACUCUGGCGACUGCAUCACGUGGGCCAAGCACGUGAGCGACACGGUGCACGGCGGCAUGGUGGUGUUUGGUGAGGCCACCCGGUUGCGCCUGGACGUGGACGCCGUGCGGGCGGCGCGGCCCUACCUGCUGUACUCGGGGCUGCACCUGGUUGGGCGAGAGGGCAUCGAGCAUGGGGCUCAGCAGCGGUUGCACCUAUACGUGGCCUACGGCACCGCGUUGCUGCCGCGGGCGUUGGUGGUGCGGCCGCUGAACACCGCCGCCGAGCUCAGGCCUGGCGUGCUGGCGGCGCCUGUAGGGCAUGGCACUGUGGUGCAGGUACGCGUGGUCGGCGCGGAGCGGCUGCUCAGCUGGAAUUACGCCAUCGCCGCCAAGGCCAUGCAGGUGCUGCAAGACCUGGCGAUGCAGCUGCUGUCGGGGCCGGAUGACGGCUCGCAAGACAGGAGCACCGGCGGCUCGGGGCCGGGGGGCUGUAGCAGCUGGGUGAACGGAGCGGCGUAUGUGUUGUCGGGUGGCAUCUCGCUGGCUGCCACAGGCCAGACGUCCGCUGCAGCGGGCCCAGCAGGAGGAGCGCUAGUGGGUGGUGGUGGCGGCGGCAAAGAAGCAGCCGCAGGUGGAGGCGGGUGCACCGGCUGCGGCAACACUGCCGGCGUCCUCACGCUUGUGUUCCCCGAUUCGGACUCUGCGGUGUCCUGGGCAGCGGCGCUGCGUGGGCGGCUGUCGACUCUGGAGUGGCCCCCCGAGCUGCUGGGGCACGAGCUGUGCGAGGAGGUCUGGGCGCCGGCUCCCAGCGGCGCGGGCUUUGGCGACGGCUACCGCUUCGUCCCGCGGCAGCCGCUGCGCCACGCAAUGACCGCAAACCUGCCGCUGACUGGGGGUGGUGCAGGCGGCGGGGGCACGGCUGCGGCCGGCAGCACGGGCGGCGGCGGCGCGCCCGCGCCGCGCGGGUCCAACAACGGUAGCAGCAAUCCACUCAUGCGGCUGUCGUCGGCGUUCCGAACCCGCUUAGCUGGCGCGCCGCCCAGUCCAGUAGUGCACGGCGGCUCGCGGCCGCGCUUUGGGAGUGCGAUGUCCGGCCCCGGACGCCCUGGUGGCGGCGGCGCGGCGCCGGGUUCUCCUCGCGGCGUGGUGCCUCCGCGCACAAGCGAUGUUGCAGGUGCGGCCGCGAGCGGGCAGGCCAGGUCGGGGCCUGCCGGGGCCGCGCAGGACAGGCGUGUGUUGGGGCACUGCCUGGAGGAGGUUCUGCAUGAGGGUGAGGAGCCGCCGCAGCAGCGGCAGCAGCUGCAGCUGCGCUGCCAGCAGCAAUCGAGCGCAAAAGGACCAGCGCUGGGGCAGGUCCGUUCUCCGCCUGAGCCGUUGUCGGACCUGGCAGCAAAAGUGCGUGCGGCGAUAGCUGCCAGCCGGGGAAGUCGGGGCGAGGGCCAGGGCGGCGGUGCGUGCGCGACUGUAUCCAUUGAGUUGCAAGCGCCGCCGGCGCCCGAGACUCCUGCGCCGUCCCGCCAGCUAGGCGCUGGUGCCAGCAGCGGCUCGGGCCCGCGCCGCGGCGACAUCAUGCAUUGGCGGGGCGGCGCGGAAAAGCAAGGUGCAGCCGUGGCGGCAGCAGGAGCUCUGCCUAGGGGCAGCCGAGGCAGCCCCGCCGCCGUUGCUUCAGCAGGAGCGGCAGGCUCCGGGGCUGCGGCAAGGAGGAACGCUGGCGACUCGCUUGACGAGCAGGCAGCGCGGCAGACACUUGCGGGCCCCAGCUCGCAGAGCUGGGGCCCUGUGAGUGUGCUGGAUGCUGCCGCUCUGCCGGUACUGCCGGCGCCCUCGCAUGGGCACCAGCCACCUUGGCCAGGCGUGGCUGCAGCAGCUGCGGCAGCUCCUCUGGCUGUCGCGUCGGCAUCCGCGGCGGGGCGCCUUGCAGAGGGAAGAGCCUUCACGAGCGGAGAGGGCUCUGCUUCGGCGCCGGCUAGCCGGAGCACCGCUAGCGUCAGCAGCAGUCAACUGUCGUUGGCCGAGGCGGCUGUCAAGACACCCCCCACCGCUGGGGCCUUGCCCAGCCAGGAGGUGCCCGCCCUCACUUCAUCCAACGAGAUCGAGGUGCACACCUCGCCGGUCGGCUGGGCGUCGGCGCAGCCUCAGCCCCAGCGCAGCAGCACACACAGCGGGCCCAGCACAGCGGGCAUCUGGGCAAGCAGCGCUGGUCCCGGUGGGCAGCACCCCACAGCACCCAGCGCCUUCGCUAAGCUGGCGGUGCCUGCGGCGGCAGCCAGUCCAGGUGGCGGGGGUCCUUCAUUACAGCCCGCCGUGUCAACGCCGGCCGCCGUUGUUAAGCCGCCGCCCCCGCCCGCCGUAGGCAAGGCCCCAGCGUUGGUCGGCCCUGGGACGGGCUCUGUGCCGGUUGUUGCCGCUGCGGGUGUUGCGCGAGGUGCCCUGCUUGGGACUGCAGCUGCCGUCGCGGCAAUGCCAGCUACCGAGACGCCUGAGCAGUUGGCGGCGGCUGCCGCUGCUGCGGAUGCCGGGGACGGAGGGUCUGUGGGCGCAGGGUCCGGGGAAGACCUGGUGCCCCUUCGCCUGCUGUACCGCGGACUGCGGAUGCGUGCGGCUGUGUCGUGCGGUCCGCUCAAGGGCGGUAUGGUGGCGGGUGACGUCAGCGGCCACGUGUCAUACCGCGGCAAGGCCUUCGCACAGCUGGCCAAGCUUAUGGCUAAGGCCAAGACAGGCCAGAUUGUGGCCACGGCAGACCUGGCGCGGACGCUGCCGCCGUCCCUGUCUGAGGAACUAACGCUGAUUGACAAACUAUGAGUUCGGAGGUCAACGGAAUUAGUGUUCCAAUCGUGCUGAAAGCGUGAAACCCUAUGGAAACCCCGUAAGGUGUGAGCAGGAAAAGUCGCACUUCACAACAAAUGCUCAGUAUUAUGCUACCGUAUGAGUACAUGCGAAUUUGGAUGUCUUUAACACCCUGGAUUUUGCGACCCCGCCGUUGCUUUAUCAUUGUGGUGGCUCUAGUAUCCGGUAGCACGGGUGGUGGUUUCGUGUGGCAUUGGUGGCUUCUAAACCGCACUGUGUAUCACCAGAGCUGUGGGGCGAGCGCCUCAAAUGGAUGGUCACCUGCAGAUGGGGCAUUACCCCGAGCCCAUCGGCCCUAAGCGUGUGUAUCCCCGAGUCCUGCACACGGUGCGCUGCCAGCGCAGUAGCGCUCUGUCGGUCAUGUUGGGAGACAGUUGCCACCGACCCGUUGUCCUGCUGUUGGGGUUUACUAUCAUAUUGUUGGCUUAUCUGCGAUCUCGCAGUGCGCGUGCUUAUGUGGUACUACCUAGUACCUGGUGUGCUACCAACACAGUGAACAGCUGUGAGCUUUCGAUCUGCAGCGAUAGCAUAAACUUGGUCCAGUUUCAAAACCUGUUGACGGCAUUGACCGCGGCUGCUGCUGGUUAACGGAAGGCUGGGGCCCGUGCUUGUUUGUUUUACGUUGCAAUAACCGAUGUGCUUGUGCGCUGCUGUUGCCGUCGGAUAAUCCGAGCCUGAGCUCUACAGUUAAUAAGUUGCCGUGGCAGGGUCGGGGGCAUACACAAGGCUGUGCAAGCAAGCGUGCAUGCGGCUUCUGAACAGGUUUUUUCCGGGGGGGGAUAAGGCUAGGAGUUUGAGGAACGUGUUGAUAAGGCGUGCUCUCGGUACCUAUGCGUUGGCUUGCCCCUGGCAUUCCCUCCGAAAGUGGGAGUGGUGGGUGGGUGGGUAGGCGCACUCCAGGCUGUGUCGCUAGUGGCUGUAGUGCG